GGCGCUGUUCAAGUAGGAGCAUCACUCUGCCCUGCUCCAUGAGACACCGUUCUUUACUGCGGGGCGCUGUUCAAGUAGGAGCAUCACUCUGCCCUGCUCCAUGAGACACCGUUCUUUACUGCGGGGCGCCGUUCAAGUUCAAAUAGGCUGAACCAUCAUGUCACCAUAUCAUCACCACUGACGAUGGCUGUCAAUCAUUGUCGAUAGACGAUACAGUCGUAACAUCGCCCCAACUCUGUGGAUGACUGUGGCAGGGGCUGCAGUGAGUCUAUAAUAGAGAUCUGUGUGUGUGUGUGUGUCCUCUACUAGGUGAGUCUGUGGAUGACUGUGGCGGGGGCUACAGUGAGUCCAUAGCAGAGAUGUGUGAGGAGCUCCAGAACGGUCUGACCCCUCUCCUCAUCGUGACCCCUAAUGGGACGACGGUCAGGAGCGAACAGAGACUGUUUCCUGCUCAACCCUGCAGCCAAGUCAGCUCUGCAUAUGACUAUGUUCAGAUUCUUAGGAGUGCUCCUGGGCAUAGCCAUCCGUACCGGAUCCCCUCUCAGUCUCAACCUGGCUGAACCUGUCUGGAAACAGCUGGCUGGGAUGAACCUCACCAUCGCUGACCUUAGUGAGGUGGAUAAAGACUUUAUACCUGGCCUGAUGUACAUCAGAGACAAUGAGGCCACGGCUGAGGAGUUUGAGGGCAUGACUCUCCCCCUUCACAGUCCCUAACGCCAACGGACAGGAUAUCCAGCUCAGCUCUAAAUACUCCCACAUCACCCUGGAGAACAGGGCCGAGUAUGUCCGCCUCGCCAUCAAC